AAAUAUACAAAAGACGAGACAUGUCACUUAACUAAAACAUCGAAGUAAUUACUAAAUAAAUAAUCUGUGAUCGGAGUUUUAGUGAAAUUCGUUGCUAUUUGUUUCAUACGACUAAAAUAAAACUUUUAAUAAAAACGAAGGAAGCAAAUUGGAUUAAAAUGUCUUUAGACACUGUACCUAAAGAUUUACGAGGCCUCAGAGCCUGUUUAGUGUGUUCUUUGAUAAAGACUUUCGACCAGUUUGAAUAUGAUGGCUGUGACAAUUGUGACGAAUUUCUUAGGAUGAAAAAUAAUAAAGACAAUGUUUACGACUGCACUAGCAAUAACUUCGAUGGGAUGAUUGCUGUAAUGAGUCCGGAAGAUAGUUGGGUGUGCAAAUGGCAGAGAAUAAGCAGAUUUUGCAAAGGGGUUUACGCUAUAUCAGUAUCAGGCCGCCUUCCUGCUGGUGUAAUAAGAGAAAUGAAAAGUCGUGGAAUUGCAUACAGACCUCGGGACACCAGCCAAAGAUAAGGGUGAAGACUCUAGAUAUAAUUUAUUAAUAGGGAAUUUUCUGAAAUACAAAUAUACAAUUUAUUCA